ACCUAGAGGAUCAAGUCAUAAUGGGAGCAUUUUUAGACAAGCCAAAGAUGGAAAAGCAUAAUGCCCAGGGGCAGGGGAAUGGGUUGCGAUAUGGCCUAAGCAGCAUGCAAGGCUGGCGUGUUGAAAUGGAGGACGCACAUACAGCUGUGAUCGGCUUGCCAAGUGGACUUGAGACGUGGUCAUUCUUUGCUGUAUAUGAUGGGCAUGCUGGUUCUCAGGUUGCCAAAUACUGCUGUGAGCAUCUGUUAGAUCACAUCACCAAUAACCAGGAUUUUAAAGGCUCUGCAGGAGCGCCAUCUGUGGAAAAUGUAAAGAAUGGGAUCAGAACAGGUUUUCUGGAGAUCGAUGAACACAUGAGAGUUAUGUCAGAGAAGAAACACGGUGCAGAUAGAAGUGGGUCAACAGCUGUGGGGGUCUUAAUUUCUCCCCAGCACACCUAUUUCAUUAACUGUGGAGACUCGAGAGGUUUGCUUUGUAGGAACAGGAAAGUUCACUUCUUCACACAAGACCACAAACCAAGUAAUCCGCUGGAAAAAGAACGAAUUCAGAAUGCAGGGGGCUCUGUGAUGAUUCAGCGUGUUAACGGGUCUCUGGCUGUGUCAAGGGCCCUUGGGGAUUUUGAUUACAAAUGUGUCCAUGGAAAAGGUCCCACAGAGCAGCUUGUCUCACCAGAGCCGGAAGUCCAUGAUAUUGAAAGGUCUGAAGAGGAUGAUCAGUUCAUUAUUCUUGCAUGUGAUGGAAUCUGGGAUGUCAUGGGAAACGAAGAGCUCUGUGACUUUGUGAGAUCCAGACUUGAAGUCACUGAUGACCUUGAGAAAGUUUGCAAUGAAGUAGUCGACACCUGUUUGUAUAAGGGAAGUCGAGACAACAUGAGUGUGAUUCUGAUCUGUUUUCCCAAUGCACCUAAAGUCUCAGCAGAAGCCGUGAAGAAGGAGGCAGAGCUGGACAAGUACCUGGAAUGCAGAGUAGAAGAAAUCAUAAAGAAGCAGGGGGAAGGAGUCCCUGACUUAGUCCACGUGAUGCGCACGCUAGCCAGCGAGAACAUCCCCAGCCUCCCACCAGGGGGUGAACUGGCAAGCAAGCGGAAUGUAAUUGAAGCCGUUUACAAUAGACUGAACCCUUACAAAAACGAUGACACUGACUCUGCAUCAACCGAUGACAUGUGGUGAAGCCGCUUAUGGCCAUGGGUCGCCUUCGCCGCCAGAGGAGAGCACAGCUCAACUUGGCCGAACCUUUGAACAGCCAUCAUCAACUUUAAGGAAGAAGGGGUACGACGUGGCUGAGGGACUACACCAGAGCUUGAGCGGUGGAACAGCUAGCCCAGAACGGAUUUUUUUUUUUUAAUUGUAAAUUUGAGACUUAUGUAAACGUGAUUUCAAACCGUAAUUCAUGUUGUAAAUCAGACUCCAGCAAUUUUUGUUGUAUGAUUUUGGUUUUUUGUAAAGUGUAAUUGUCCUUGUACAAAGUGCUCAUAUUUAAUUAUGAACUGCUUUAAAAUCACGGUCAACGAUAAAGGAAAUGUUUGGCUUGUUGUGUGACACAACAGAUAGAGUCGUGCUGUGGACAGGGAGAGCAGCAGCCACAUAGCUCAGCGCUCAUGUGCGCAUGAUUAUGAAGAAUUCCAAAAUCUUACAAAGCUGAACACCCAGGGAGUUAUGGGAAACUGUCUCUGUGUUCUGGCGAGGAACUGGCUUGUGCACGCAGCCGCUCCUUCUUCCCUGUCUCUAGGAUGGCCUCUCCUGCAGCCGAGAGCACUGCAGGUGACACCGAGUGUUGCUCAGAGUAUCGAUUUGGGGCUGAAAUGCCUUGAUCCUUUGCACCUCUUUAUGAGUCCUACAUUCAGUUACUAAUUGGUAAGCAGCAGCUUCCUACACAGUAGGAGACUGCCACAUUUUUUUUUUCCUAUCAUGAUUGGCUGGGCCUGCUGCUGUUCCUAGUAAGAUAUUCUGAAUUCCAUUUUAUCAAUAAAGCUUGGUUUAACAAACAAGAAAUUUAAUCAUGUACGCGUAGUUCCUCUUGCCCCGGCUUUCAGAACCCCAUGCUAUUAUAAACGGGACAUGCCUCCUAGGGAAAGGUGUUAGUCUCCUUAAAUUGGAUGGUGGUGUUACCCAGGUACAGAUGGAUCGAGAAGUCAGUCUGUGUUGUCCUAACCUGUUUUUAAAAUGAGUUUCUUCCAGGCUGCUUGCUUGUCAGUAAGAUGUGCAUCAGCUUGGGUUUACCUACUGUUAAUGAAAAGAAUUGUCCAAGUUCGACAAUCUUAACACUAUGAUAGAUGUGUGUGUGUUGAAUGUGUGUUUGUCUGUAACUUUUAAUUGACCCACGUCUUUAGAAUCUAAGAGGUUAAGAUGUAUUUGUGAUUUGAAAUAUAGCAUGUUGAUAAUAUUUAGCUGUUGGCCUUUAAAAAUAAAUUUCAACGCUUAAGGAAUUGUAGAUAUAAAAUACCUAAUUUAAUUUAGGCUUCACCCCCUCCGAUUAAGCAUGUAAGAGUAAGUUUUCUGGUCUGUCACAUCAUAAAGACUACUGUUCUGUGCCCGUCUGUGUUUCUGUCUCUGUAGGUUGAGUGCUGUAUUUACCAACAUGUGACCGAGUCCCCACUAGGAGCCGAUUCAAAUACAUUAGAUACAAAGUCACAACUUUGUGUACAAAAGUUAGUGUGAUACAUUUUGUUCUGUGUGUUUUCCCCAAUCUUGGAAAUAGACAUGUUUGUAUAUACAGCCUUAAAACCACUGUAACGUUAAGGGAAUGUAGGAGAGCACUGAGAAGUGUCGCAGACUUCAGUAGCUAGAAUACCAGCGGACUCUUCAUUAUCCCUCUCGUGAGCUGAUGUAACUUCAUUGUAUUUAAUUUAUAUCUUAGUCCAGCAUGAAUGAAGAAAAGCUGAAAUACUCUUGAUAUUUAGAAAUUCAUAACAGCUGCAAUUACAGAACCAAUUCCAAACUUAAUAAAUGCGUAAUGUCUAAAUCUGUGGGAGAGUUGGAAGUAUGGUAAUGUUCGAGCUGUGGCUUACAAAAAUGGGCCUGUGCAUUUCAUGACAUCCAGUGCUCCUAGCACAGACUGGGCGCUAGGCUGACAGCGGAAGCUGAGAUCCUGACAGAUGACCUGGGUCCUUCGUUUUUAGAAGUAACCUGAAAACCUUUAGUUUUAGAAAUUUCAAAACCUCCAGCGGGGUUUGCUUGUGGCGGCUUUUGAAACUGCCAUGGUGGGAGCUGUGUUUCACACACCAGCAGCCUAGUCAGGUCAGCCUUGUUUGAGAUUGACUCGGCAGAAAAGGAAAUUCAAUUGCUCUUCUUUUGAAAUCGUUAGUUCUGAAGACUGGAGUAAGAAAGUGCUGUGAUCUAAGGAGACUAGAUCUUUCCACGAGUCAGCACCACACUGGUCAUUUUGCAUUAUGGAACUGCAGGAAGGAGGUGUGCCUUGUAAAAGCCGAUGGUGCCGACUUCCUGGGAAAAUGACCGUGGUGGAAGCCAGCAAGGCUUUUUUGAAGGGGGAUGUUCAUGCCUGCAUGGUACACUUUGUUCUUGUUCCCCAUCCCCUUUCCUGCUAAUUAACAUCUCAGGACAAAUGCCUCAAAAUAUUUCGAUGUGUGGGUUUUGUUUUGUUUUGUUUUUAUGUGGGGAGGAAAAAUUCUUGUGUGAUGGUAAUAUAACAGAGUAUACUUUUAUGUCAGUGAAAAUUUCAGUUCUGCAUAGCAGUGUUUUGCUAACUUACAUUAAAAAGUUUUGAGUAAGCCAGUGGACACCUUUAAUCCCAGCACUGGGGAGGCAGAGGCAUGUGAAUCUCUUGAGUUCAAAGCUAACCUGGGCUACAGAGCUAGAUCCAGGACAGGGCUACCCAGAGAAGCCCUGUCUCAACCCCUCCUCUAAAAAUGCUUUUCAUAUCUUACUAUUUUAACAAGUGAUCAUAAGAGUAAAAUAAGCCAGGCACAGUGGUGCAUGCCACUAAUUCCAGCACUCUAGAGUCUUGGCAGGUGUGUCUGAGUUCAAGGCCAGUGUGAUCUACAGAGUUCACAGAGUUCUAGGACAGCCGGGGCUACACAGUGAGACUCUGUCUCAUCUCAUUUUCACUUUCUUGUAGCGUAUCCUUCCACUGAUAGCAAAAGCAUCUCAUGGCCAGCAUAAACUUUAUAAAAAACCAAAGUGGUCACUUGCUUGGCUUCAGAACACUUGUCAAACACCUUCAGUUACUGUGCGUUUAUUUGACUAGAUCACGAAGCAGCUGUUCUUUGGAUAUCACAUAGUAUUAGGAAGUCGAUGGGAAAGUCAGGUGUGAAGGCUCUGCCUAUGAUCUUAGCACUUGGGAGGCUGAAGCAGGAGGAUCAUGGGUUUAAGACUAAACUGGCCACAAAGUGAUAACCUCUCUGAAUUUUUUUUAAAUUAAAGAGUCAUGUGAUAUAAAUAGUUUGAAUUACAGUACUGCUUACAAAGACAGUGUGUUUGAGCACAUUAAACCAGCUAAGCUCUGCUUUCCCACAAAGUGUUCAGUGUUAGCAAAAUACUGUUCUAGGUUAAGUCCUUGGGGACUGUAAAGAGAUGAAGUAGGUCCUUGUUCUCAGGGAGUUCACGUUUGGGCAGAAUUUAGAAUCCAGUGUAUGUAUGAUAAGUGGAUCAUUCAUAUAAAUAAAGAAAAAUGCAUUGCCUGCCCCUUCUUUCUUCAACAAAGUACUUUCUUCAACAAAGUAGGUCACCACCUGGAAGAAUAGUUGCUGUUCCUUUGUUCCCCAGAAUUGUUUAGUUUCUUCUUCCCAAAAAUUGAAAUCAUUCAAUAGAAGAUUCUGCUCAGCAUAAGAGUAAAGUGGACUGCUGAAGUGUGUCUUAGUAUCUAUAUGGAAUUCCUGGUUCUCUCUUGGCCUUGACUUCUCCUGCUGACUACAGCAAGUCACAGCAAGUAAUGGAUGUCCUAGAGUUCUCCAACCCCCAGAAUGAGGUGGGAUCUAAGCUUAGGGCCUCCUGUAGGUUCUUCCUUAAGACUGUGGUCCUCAUGUUAUAGCACCAGUGUUCAUAUGAAAUCGUUGUGCUAUCUAAUGCACGUUAGUGUUUUAGAGUAGCCAUGCUUACUGCCUGUCCUUACUGAACAAAUUAGCCUGGGAAUUUAACACAUGGAUUCCCAAAAGACUGAUGAAUUGGCUUUGUUUUAGUUUUUAAUUUCAUGCUAUACUUCUAGUUCAAACUUCGCUGAUUUUACAGUAUAGAUUUGGUAUCCGAGAAGAUGUAAAUAUUUUAGCAUGUAAAUGUUUCUCAUUUAAGGUUUGGUCUGGAGGGACCUUUAAGAAUGUUAUGUAUUCUCACAUACUCUGGUCACGAGAUAAUGAGGUGACCAUUUUAAAUUUACUGGUCUUCUAAUUAGGGUUCUUUCAGGCAUUUGAAUGUCUUUAGAAGCCUGAUUUUACUUUAUAUCUUACAAUAAUGUGCUGUUCGCUUUGGUUUGUAGUUGUUUUAAAUUAUAUAUUAUUUCAGAAUAUGCUUGAAAUAUUUAAUACGGUGUUUUCAUGUUGGUCAGUAACUCACUAACUGCCAUUACCGGGAGAAUGCCAUGUGACAGGCAUUGGCUCUGCUGUGUUGUCAAAUGAGCGAUUUCCAUUUGGGGUCAGUUCAACACACAUUCUUUGUUUUUUAUCUGCUAUGUACUCAGCUGUUGGCUUCUGUUUCUUCCUAUCCAUUUAAACAGUGUGGUGGAGUGUCAGAAAAACUCAGAUGGAGCCGGGCAUGGUGGUACACAGCUUUAAUGCCAGCACUCAGGAGGCAGAGGCAGGUGGAUCUUUUGAGUUGGAGGCCAGCCUGGUCUACAGAGCAAGUUCCAAGACAGCCAGGGCUACAUAGAGAAACUCUGUCUCAAUCCCCCCAAAAAAGAAAAACUCAAAUGGUAUUCAAACUGGAGUUGCUUUUACAAGACAGGAAAGCUGUUUAAGUUGAAAUAACAAUACAUGACCGUUUUUCCUCCUUAUUCUUCAUGAAAUAACCCCCCCCCACACACACACACUUCCAUUUUCUCUCUUCCCUUGGUGCCACCCCCCCACUUCUUAAAUAGGCCAGUUCUAUUCUCUUGAACAAGAAAAACCAUGUAUUACCUCAUCAAGGCCAAUUAGUAACUUUAUUUUACUGGGUUAAAAGUAGGAAAACUCGGGAUGUGGAAUAGUGGGAGGCGGGGCACUAUAAUUGCUUUGGACCUGGCUGUCACUAUUCCAGAACUGAGCGUCACAGAAGUCAGCCAGAGACAAAUGAGUUUGCUUUUCUGAUCUGCUGAUAGUUACUGAUUCAACCCAAACAACUGAGAAAGAAACUGUUUAUUCACCCACAUCCACUCCUUUGCUCUUCAUUGCUCUAAGUCCAUCAAUUUCUACUGGCUGCCUUCUCAUUAAACUAAAUGUUUAAGAUAGUUGUUCACUGUGUAUAGUCCUGACUAAUGAAAGACCCCUGAGUAAUAUCUGUUUCUGUAUGGUCCUGUCUGAAGUGAGCUAGUUCAUAUAAAGCUUGGGUAGCUAUAGAACAAACAGAUCUUGAUUGCGUACAUCGAAUAGCACAGGUUUGUUCUUGAGGGUCUUAAGCUUUUGGGGGGUCACAACACUUUGAAUCUGACUGCACCUGGGAAAAUGCAUAUGAUGUAUAUAACUCCCCAAGAAUGUCUCUUUGGCCUGGUCAAGACCCUCUCUUAUAUCGUGGGGCACCGUCCUUCUCCAGGAGAGCUCAAACUAUCCCAAGAGCACAACAAUCUUAUCAGAAGACAGUGUCUGUUUUGCUUUGAAAAGAGAAAGGAGGAGAGCUGGAACCUGGCUGGAAUCUGGUGUGAGGGUGUUUUUUGUUUUUGUUUUUUGUCUGGCUUGGGUUUUCCCCCCUGAGGCCCUAUGUUGUGGGAACCUAUCUGUAAAGGUGGAAGGAGGCAAUGAGGCCAGCUUUUGGAGGUUGACAUCAUUUAAGAUUUGCCAGUCUUGUAACUCAAAAAGUAGAAUGGAAAUUGAAUGUGUCUGGUGUGCUUCUGACCCUCCAGAGCGUAGGUUAAUUUGUUAACAUGUUAACAGCACGUUAGCUGUCGGGUCUCACUCAGGCUUUAAGAUUUUCAUUGAAUACUAACAUAAUUUUGGAUUCUAAGGAAUUAAGUACUUAAUAAAGAACGUUUAAAAUGAGGUCUUACAUAGCAGUGUAGAAGGUUGAUGAUACCACUACAAAGAUGCCAUAAUUGCAUUGAAAAGUGAUGGUUAAAUUUGUUGCCAAAAUUUCAUGUUCAGUUCUAGCUUGAUUUCCGUCUGUGGAAGUAGAAACAGAAUUCAUUAUCUUACCCGGCUAGCCCUGAACUAACGCCAUAGCAUAUCUGCAGGAGAAUACUGUGUAGCAGCGAUGCCCAGCACUAAUUAGUUUUACAACUGUAAUUACUUCACAUCAUUUCUAUGAGUGUUUUGAGUGGGGAGACAUUGUACAUGUUACAAGCAUGUUGCAUUACACAUAAAUUCAGUUUUUUAAACUUAGCAAUGUAAGAACUGCAGAAAUAUUUUUCUUAAACAUAAUAUGUAACAGAAUUCUCCACUUUGCAGUUUAUGUGACCCACAGUUUUAAAGAAAUUCCAUAAAUGUAUAUUUUGUAUUAUGUACCAUUUCCUGGUCCAAAGAAAAUAUGUGAAUUUAGUUCUAAUUUUAAGACUGUACUUUUGUUUUCUAGUUCUCUGAAAAACUGCAUUCCGCCUGUGGAUGGUUACAGAUUGUAUGUGAGGUGGGAAGUAGAAGUUUCUAGUUUGCAAACUCGGUGCCACUAAAUAAACAGGCAAUUGCAUAA